UGUCUCAAACAGGGGCUGGAGAAUAGCAUUCGUCACCUUUCCACAAACACGGUACUCCCUCCCAGAGUCAAUGCUGAGCUGUUCUCCCAACCAGCGUUUAGGUACCUCUGCUUGCCUGGCUAGAGCAAGGGGUCACCUUUAGUAUGGCUGUUUAAUCAGGUCCAGCUACCCAGCCCAAGGAAAAGUUUAGAGUCUGGGGGGAGAUGGCCGCUAACCGAGCUGAGAACUUCACUACUGACUCGGAGCAAGCUCCAGACGGGCACGUUGCAGGAAGCCAGUCAUCGGCUCAAGAGACUCCAAUCUCUUCCUCUCCAAACAGCAAGGAUCCUGCAGCCAAGGAGCUGGUCGGUGAGAAUCCAGGGAACCAGAAUCCGCCGCGGAAGGAGCAGUUGAAUGAAGUGAACCCUCCUGAGGAGGUUAUUGUUUUGAACACCGUUCCUGCAGACCAGGAUGUUAAAAAACCGAAUGGUUUGUAUUUGCAAGAUGGGAAACGUCGUGUGGAUUAUGUACUAGUGUAUCAGUUUAAGAAGGCCAACCGCAAGGGGCUCAGCUCCCGCCAGCAGAGCACAGCCACCAGUUCUCAGCAGGAUCAAACAGAGCCCCCUCUCCAGCCCUCGGAAUUUCCGGAUGACGACAGGAGAAUGCGCAGAGAAGAAUUUGAAGUAAACCUUCUCGAAUCUGGAUUGGAACUGGAAAGCGAUGAAGAGAAUGAUCUCAGCUGUGAGUCCAGUCCAGUAAUGAAAAGAGUUAAUAGCUCUGAAUCCAUGCAGCAGGAUUUGAAUGGUGAUCCACAACUGACAAAAGCUUAUGGCUUUGGAUUUGUGAAGAUACAUGCACCAUGGCAUGUGCUUUGCAGAGAAGCAGAAUUUCUUAAGAUUAAGAUGCCAACUAAAAAGGUCUAUGAAGUAAAGCAGAAAACUGGGAUCCUACUGAAACUUUCUAAUGUUGUGCAUAAAAUGACUUCGCCGUUGCGACCAAAAGUGGAUGAACAAAGUGAUGCUGCAUUUAAGCACCUUUCUUACCCCUUCUCCAGAGAAAAGAAGCACCUAUUUGAUCUUUCAGAUAAGGAUAACUUCUUCAGCAGUACAACAAGGAGCACAAUAGUUUAUGAAAUUUUGAAAAGAACAACUUGCACCAAGGCAAAAUACAGCAUGGGGAUCACCAGUCUGAUUGCCAGUGGAGUUUACACAGCAGCCUACCCUUUGCAUGAUGGUCAUUAUGUAGGUGAUUCAGCAGAGCAAAAUGAUAGGAAGCUCCUCUAUAAAGAAUGGGCUAGUUAUGGAAUAUUUUACAAAUUCCAGCCACUUGAUCUCAUUAGGAAGUACUUUGGUGAGAAAAUUGCCUUCUAUUUUGCCUGGCUCGGAGUUUACACACAAUUACUGAUUCCAGCAUCCACAGUUGGGGUCAUCGUAUUCCUGUACGGCUGCGCAACUGUUGAUGACAACAUUCCCAGCAUGGAGAUGUGUGAUGAAAGUGCCAACAUCACAAUGUGCCCUCUGUGUGAUAAAACAUGCAAUUACUGGAAGCUGAGCUCUACUUGUGCCACGGCCAGAGCAAGUCAUCUGUUUGAUAAUCCCGCAACUGUUUUCUAUUCAAUUUUCAUGGCAUUAUGGGCUGCCAUGUUUAUGGAACACUGGAAAAGAUGCCAAAUGAGGCUCAUCUCCAAAUGGGAUCUCUCUGGGUUUGAAGAAGAUGAGGAACGAUUAAAGGAUCAUCCACGACCUGAAUAUGAGGCCAGGGUUCUGAGUAAGGUUCUUAAGCAGGAACUCCAAAAGAAGGAAGAGAAGUCAUCGGAACCAGUGGAAGAACAGCCAAACAAAUGGAAAAACAGAGUUUGGUCUGCCAUGGCCGGGGUGAAAUUGACUGAAAAGGAGAAACUGACUUGGAGGGACCGUACCCCUGCUUACAUCACCAAUUUCGUCGCUGUUCUAUUUAUGAUUGGUCUGACCUUCGCAAUAGUAUUUGGAGUGAUCAUGUACAGAAUCUCCAUUGCAGCAGCUAUGGCUGUGAGCCCCGACCCUUAUGCGAGAAGCAAUGUUAGGGCCAUUGUCACAGCUACUGCGGUUAUCAUCAAUUUGGUGGUCAUUCUCAUUUUGGAUGAAGUAUAUGGCUCCAUAGCCAGAUGGCUGACAGUAAUUGAGAUUCCCAAAACAGAUAAAAGUUUUGAAGAAAAGCUAAUCUUUAAGGCUUUUCUGCUGAAGUUUGUAAAUGCCUACACUUCAAUCUUUUACGUUGCAUUUUUCAAAGGCAGGUUCGCAGGCCGUCCUGGAAAAUAUACAUAUAUUUUUCGUCACAUGAGAAUGGAAGAGUGUGCUCCUGGAGGCUGCCUGAUGGAACUCUGCAUUCAACUGAGCAUCAUCAUGCUGGGCAAACAGCUGAUUCAGAACAAUCUGUUUGAAAUCGGCAUUCCGAAGCUGAAGAAGCUGAUACGAUAUAUCAAGGCAAAGAGAGAGGCCAAAUUGGAAACCGAGAACAAUUGUAAGGCACCCCAGCAAUAUGAAAUCGACUACAACCUGGAGCCAUUUGCUGGUCUGACUCCAGAGUAUAUGGAGAUGAUCAUCCAGUUUGGAUUUGUGACCCUCUUUGUGGCCUCCUUCCCACUCGCUCCACUGUUUGCACUACUCAACAACGUCAUUGAAAUCCGCCUGGACGCUAAAAAGUUCACCACUGAGCUCCGAAGACCCAAUGCAACAAAAGCAAAGGAUAUUGGUAUCUGGUACAACAUCCUGAGAGGAAUUGGCAAGUUGGCUGUUAUCAUAAACGCAUUUGUGAUCUCCUUCACCUCUGGCUUCAUCCCACGCCUUGUCUUCAUGUACUUGUACAGCCCAGACGGCACGCUGCAUGGAUUCACCAAUAACACAUUGUCCUAUUUCAAUGUCAGCCACUUCGAGCCAGGAUCAGAGCCUCUUGAUCCAAUGGCAAUCGGAUACAAGGUUGAGAUCUGCAGGUAUAAAGAUUACAGAGAGCCUCCGUGGUCUUCUCAACCAUAUGAUCUAUCAAAGGAGUUCUGGUCUGUGCUAGCAGCCAGACUGGCUUUUAUCAUCAUUUUUCAGAACCUAGUUAUGUUUAUGAGUGACUUUGUGGACUGGAUGAUCCCAGACAUUCCAAAGGAAAUCAGUGACCACAUGUCUAAAGAGAAGUCUUUAUUGGUGGAUCUCUUCCUGAAAGAAGAGCAGACCAAACUCCACAUAGUGGAAGCCCUCUCUUCCCAAGAGAAGGAGAGGAAAGAGGAAGACAUUGAUGAAAUCCUCAAGGAAAAUGACGCUGAGCCAGUUGAAAACUGCACAGGAGACACAGAUGCUUCCCAGUCCAAACUCAAUAAUGCAGGACCGGAAGUUAUAUAGAAAUUGCUUUAAAGUAAACCUAUGUUUCUUUAGUUGGGGCAUUCCAUGAUAUGGCAAGGUGUCAAUCAAUAAGGAGCAGCAUAUCUCUGAUCUGUAUAACAGCUCCCAAGGCGAACAGUUCUGUUUUGCUGCUCAUGUUGCCGUUUUGAAAAUGUUGACGCAGGAACUACUUCCUUUCACAGACGUGGUGGACCAUGAUUUGGUUAUUUAAAAAUAGCUUUAUUUUUACAUCGUGCAAGGCAGGGAUUGUCACUAAUUUGUAUUCCACAGGAAUGCUUUUCCAGAUAUUUUCCAUCUCCUAAGAGGACAAUAAGCCCAGUCAUUAGCUUAAAAAUGAUUCACAGCAAUGUUAACAAACUUCCUUUUAGAGAUUUUUUUUUGUUCUGCCACAACUAAAAUAUACUAUCUUUUUAUGGGAGAUAUUUAUGGUUUAAUUGGGAAUUAAGUCUCCAUUUUUGUUUCCUUCACUGUUUGUUUGGGUAAAGGCAGAUUUCACCCCACUGCCCAAAGUUUAAAAUGAUUUAUUGAAAAUUUAAACAUGCAACAUGGCAUUUUCAUUUCACACUGAAGUUGCUGUCUGUUCUGCACACAUCACUUGUAUUUUGGAAGUGGUAUCUAUUUUGGUUUUUACGGAAGGGAAUGUUUGAAAUGUAAUAGUUAAUCAGAAAUUUGUAAAUGGUUGCUGUGAUAGUGAGUUGUGCUAAUCCAAAAGCAGCAUAGCAUUCGCAAAUCUGUAUACCUUACCCCCUUGGUAGUUGAUCAUUUGUGUAAUCAGUGGAAAAUCCUGGAAUGGCUUCCAUAGCAAGACUGCUAUCGGUUCUAUCCAUAUGAGCACCUUAGGAGCAUUUAGAAGCAGCUCUCACUGGCUGGUGUUACAAAGAAGCUAGCUAGCUUAAUGGCAGCACCACCAAUCUUAGAUGUUUUACAAACAUCAUUUCCUUGCUGUGGUCAUGAAAUCCAAACCUGCUGCCUGAUUUGUUUUCACAACGGGGCCUUAGUGGGAGAGAUGAUAAUGUAGUUAUCUUCGAAUCAUGCACCUUAACUUUUAACAAAGACUGCAGGACCCUGAAUGACACAAACCAUUUACUAGCUUCUGAGUAGAUAGGUUAUUAACAUUCAUUAAUAUGGUUGGCUGAAUAAAGGGGAUUAAUUCCUGGUAGAGUCCCAAAUUCUAAGAAUUUUUUUUCUGAAACUAAUAGUGGGGACACGUUUUAGGAUCCCAUUUCAAAUUGAGAAAUAAUUGUAUUCGUAAACUUCCUGGAUGUUGAUAUUUUGAUACAGGAAACUAAAUUGUUUAGAGGAAAAGACUAUCCUCCAUCCUUUUAUCUCUCUCCCUCCCU